GGAUACAAACAUUGAAGUCACGCAACUCACACAAGUGUCACGCUGCCAUCCUCGCGCCUGAGGAGUGACUAGUAACAUAGAUGCCGGCCUUGGCCGGCUGGGUUAUUAACGACGCAAACAAAGCUCCAAGUCGACUCACCUAUGGCGUCUUUUAUAGAUGCCACAACUAGAACCCGCACACUGACACACUAACCUCACUGCCCCCACCCCCUAUCCGGUCGGCCACGCCACGACGAUCGCCAGAAAUCAGGAUGGGUAGCCAAGGACAAGCGGCAACCAACGGCCGGGGAGACGACACCGGCGGCGGAAGAACCCAGCAGGCGGCGCACUUCGUGUUCGUCCCGCUGAUGGCCCAGGGCCACCUGAUCCCAGCGGUCGACACCGCGCUGCUACUCUCCACGCACGGCGCGGUCUGCACCGUGGUCGGGACCCCGGCCUCGGCCGCGCGGGUGCGCCCGACCAUCGAGUCCGCCCGGCAGUCGGGCCUGCCGGUCCGCCUCCUCGAGUUCCCGCUGGACUACGCCGGGGCCGGCCUGCCCGAAGGCGCCGACAACAUGGACAACGUCCCGCCGGAGCACGCGCGGCGCUACUUCGACGCCGUCGCGCUCCUGCGCGCGCCGAUCGAGGCCCACCUCCGCGCGCACGCGCGCCCCUACCCGACGUGCCUCGUGGCGGACUUCUGCCACCCGUGGACCACGGUGCUGGCGGCCAACCUCGGGGUCCCGCGCCUCAGCUUCUUCAGCAUGUGCGCCUUCUGCCUUCUGUGCCAGCACAACGUGGAGCGGUUCGGCGCGUACCGGGGCGUCGCCCACGACGACGAGCCGGUCGUCGUGCCGGGGCUGGAGAGACGGGUCCUGGUCACGAGGGCGCAGGCCUCGGGCUUCUUCCGCGAGGUGCCCGGGUGGGAGGACUUCGCGGACUACGUGGAGCGCGCGCGGGCCGAGGCCGACGGCGUCGUCAUGAACACCUUCGAGGAGAUGGAGCCCGAGUACGUGGCCGGCUACGCGGCGGCCAGGGGGAUGAAGGUCUGGACGGUCGGGCCGGUGUCGCUGUACCACCAGCGCGCCGGGACGCUGGCGGCGAGAGGGAGGGCUACCGACGUCGACGUCGACGCGUGCCUCCGGUGGCUCGACGGCCAGGAGCCCGGCUCCGUCGUGUACGUCAGCUUCGGGAGCAUCGCGCAGGCGGACCCGAGGCAGGCCGUGGAGCUCGGCCUCGGGCUGGAAGCGUCGCGGCACCCGUUCGUCUGGGUGGUCAAGAGCGUCGACGAGUACGACGGGACCGUGCGCGCCUUCCUGGACGACCUCGAGGCGCGCGUCGCGGGGCGCGGCCUGCUCGUCAGGGGGUGGGCGCCGCAGGUGCUGAUCCUGUCCCACGCCGCGGUGGGCGGGUUCGUGACGCACUGCGGCUGGAACUCCACGAUCGAGGCCGUCACCGCGGGGCUGCCGGUAGUCACGUGGCCUCACUUCACGGACCAGUUCCUGAACCAGAAGAUGGCCGUGGAGGUGCUGGGCAUCGGCGUCAGCGUCGGUAUUACGGAGCCGCUCAUGUACAGGAAGGUAGAGAAGGAGAUUGUGGUCAGCCGGAACGUGGUGGAGGAGGCCGUGAGGAGCUUGAUGGGCGCCGGGGAGGAGGCAGAUGAGAGGAGGCGGCGGGCCCGCGCGCUCGCGGUCAAGGCGAGAGCGGCCAUGCAAGAGGGCGGGUCGUCGCACCGCAACCUGCUGGAUUUGGUCGGUCGCUUCGAGGGUGUCAUGACCAAGGACACCAAAGGCGCGUGAAGAAAGAUAGCAUGGUAGUAAUUGUUGGCGCCGGCCGCCGGAGUGGCUGUGCCGACGACGAUCUCGCAACGUCCGCGGUGCUCGCGCUUCGAUGGACACGACGUUGCCACUCACUCUCUGAACUGAACGAGCGAAGAAUAUGGGGCUGCCAAACGUUGCAGCAGACUCGAUCUCAGUUUCCAUUAUUUAUUGUGGUGUUUACACGGUCCA